CAUGAUCACCAAAUUUUGGCAACUCUAUAGAGUUCUUGACGAGCACAAGGCCAGAGCCGACGUGGUCUUGCUUGCGGCUGCGAAGAAGAAAGCUCGUCAGUUGCAGUACGAGGUGCGCUGGGUUGCCGUCUCGCAGUACUACCACUACUACCUGCACCAAAAGAUGCCCAAAACUCAAGCGCAGAAGCUACGACUUACCUUGAGCAAGGAGCAGUUCAUGAUGGUUGUUCCUCGUUGGUGCUAUGGAAGGCAUGACGGAUGGGCGAGUUUGGUGGAUAGGUGGCUCGGCGCCGAUGCAGAGUUUGCUGCCAAGAGCAUCAAGGCCCGGGCUAACCGUGGAGACGACGGGACACACGGCCAAGGAAACAGGAACCACUGGGGCUUCAAGGCCAUGAAGGAGGACAAGUUGAAGAGGCCGCUCUCAGACAUGGAGUCGUGGACGCUGGCCCGCGAGCGGAGUCAUCGCAAGGAGGGCGAGAGCCAAUCGACGACACGGCGGUGGUGGCCAUCCAGGGGAAUAAGAAUGGCCGGUAUCCGUGUUUCGAUGGCUUGA